AUGUUUGAACCCUUCGCCAGCGUCAGAGUCGACGAGAAAAACCCGUGCUCCUACAUUCCAAGAGAUUGCGCCCAGAAAAAUCCUGAAAUCCUGUAUAAUUACGGCAUGAGCAAUGAACAUUUUCCAUUUGGCAAAACCACCGUCCCAAAGCUCACCGCAUGUUCGAAUAAUAAAAAAGUGGAAGUAAGAUCACCUCGCUUCACCGGGCUCAGUUGGCUGGCAUUUCCUGCCCUCCACGCGGCCUACAAGCACGUGCAGCUGGAGCUGGAGUUCCGUCCGGAGGCUUGGGAUGGCGUGCUGCUGCUGGCCGGCGAGCGGGACGACCUGCAGGGCGACUUCAUGGCCCUCAUAAUUCACCACGGCUACGUUGAGUUCAGAUUUGACUGUGGAAGCGGCGUCGGCAUUGUCAGAAGUUCUGAAACCGUCAAGCUGAAUGAAUGGAACAUUUUGAAUAUCUACCGACACCGGUGGGAUGCGUGGUUGCAAUUAAAUCAAGAGAAACGAAUUCAGGGCAGAUCAAAGGGCCUCUUCUCCAGGAUCACGUUCCGAGAGCCGCUGUUCGUCGGCGGCCCCGGCAACACCAGCGGACUCGAGCGUCUGCCCGUACGCAACGGCUUCUGGGGCUGCGUCCGUAACCUCGAGAUCAACGAACAACGCUAUCGUUUCCCCCUGGCGCCCCAGGGCGAUGCGCUCAACGGCUUCGACGUCGAAAAGUGCACGGCGGAUAGAUGCAGCAAGGUGCCGUGCGAACAUGGCGGCAAGUGCCUGACAACCGGCGGUGACACCGCCGUCUGUCUCUGUCCCCUCGGCUACACCGGUGACCUCUGCGAGACGAGGGUGGACCUCCAGGUACCAUCGUUCAACGGCUCCUCGUACCUAAGGUACGCCGGAUUGGCGGAAACAUCGCUGUCGUGGCUGGAAUUGUCGGUGACGUUGAAGCCGACGAGCCCCGACGGUGUCAUACUUUAUAACGGCCAUCACAGCGACGCAACUGGCGAUUUUAUUGCCCUCUACCUGACCGAAGGCCAUGUGCAGUUUACGUUCGACUUGGGAACCGGAUGCGCGACUUUAAGGAGCAAAAGGCCCGUACGACUGGGCGAAUGGAUCGAGGUGCGGGUAUCACGGACCGGUCGACUGGCCUCUCUCGAGGUGGAGAACGAGCCAGAACGCGAGAUCCUCGCACCCGGGGCAUUCACCCAGCUCUCGUUGCCGCUGAAUCUCUACAUCGGUGGCGCCCCCACAUCGGACAUCUACUCAUCAUUUAACCCUGGAAACGGUGACGGCCCAACCAAAGUGGGCAUUCUGGCGGAGGCACUAGGUGGCGUAAACGUGGGGAGCUGCGGUCACGCGUGCGAGGCGCGUCCUUGUGGCGACGCCGAGUGUCGCCCUCUACGGGACCGCUUCACCUGCCGCUGCCGACCGGGACUACCCCACCCUUGUCCCGCGGAGCCCGAGGAGUUGCGAUAUCCGGUCCCGAGUACGAGGCCCGUCAUACCCACGAGUCCAAUCCCGAGCUUCACCGGCUCCGACAGCUACCUUCACUACGACGACGCCGACACCAUGAAGAGGAUAAUAAGUUACAAGGUGGACAUAAACAUGAGAUUCCGAGCGAGUAGCAGCAACGGCCUCCUAUUGUGGAGCGGAAGACAAUCGGAUUCCCAGGAACAAAGGGACUCUAACGAGGACUUCCUAGCGCUCGGACUCGACCAGGGAUACCUUAUACUCGCUUAUAACCUCGGAUCCGGCGAAGCUACUCUACGUUAUAAUCUCACGAGAUUGGACGAUGAUCUGUGGCACCGAGUACGCGCUGAGAGGAAUGAGCAGCGAGCUUCUUUGGUCGUGGACAACGGCAACGGCGUCUUCGCCGAGUCUCCGGGACAAUUGAGACAAUUAAAUACAGACACUGGCCUCUAUAUUGGUGGUGCCCCGUCAAUAAGGAUAACCACGGGUGGCCGUUUCCUGAAGGGCAUCGUCGGCUGUAUAAGCGACCUCGUCCUCGACGCUGACUACUCGGUGCCGCUUUCGUCGCCGGAUCAGGCAACCAACACACACACCUGCAUCCCCUGAGUCCCCCGGGAGUUCAUGCCAACUGGUAUCCAGGGCGACGUCCGAACGAGAGACCAGCGAUAAAAAAACGCGCGAGAGAAGCGCCCUGGAGUUGGAGA